AUGCAAUUCUCCAAGUUAUUAGCCAUCGCCGCUGUCACUGGAGUCACCUUUGGUGCCAGUUCUAACAACUCCACCUUGACUGCAGCCACCCCAACUGCUGCCUCCGGAUGUUCGUUCUCCUCGUUUACUGCCACCAACAACGCCCAGGUGGCUUCCGUUGCCGCCUGUGCCACCGUUGUCGGUGAUGUCACCAUCCAAGGUGCCGGUUUGGACACCAUCAACUUGAACGGUGUCAAGCAAAUCUUCGGUGACUUGAACAUCAAGAACGCUAACUUGACCACCGCUAUCAACGCCCCAGACUUGCAAUUGGUCUCUGGUGACCUUAACCUUGAAGAGCUCCAAAUCUUGUCCUCUUUGAACUUGGCCCAAUUGACCACUGUUGGUACUUUGCAAUUCAACGCUUUGCCAGCUUUGGAAAGAGCCGGCUUGACCUCCGGUAUCACCACUGCCGACUCCAUCGUCAUCUCCGACACUGGUUUGACCUCCUUGGAAGGUAUUAACGUUUUCAAAUUGAAGGUUUUCAACGUUAACAACAACAAGGACAUCGAAACCAUCGACUCCGGUUUGAUUGCCGUCACUGACACCUUGUCCAUCUCCUACAACUCGGACAACGUCGACGUCAUCUUGAACCAAUUGACCUCUGCCAACAACCUUGACUUGCAAAGAAUCAACUCGUUCUCUGCCGGUAACUUGUCUGCUAUCAACGACUCCCUUGUCAUCACCUCCUCCAACGUUGACAAGAUCGAAUUCAAGAACUUGGAAUCGGUUGGUAAGUCUUUGACCAUCGACCAAAACGGUGAGGUUGAAGAAUUGGACUUCCCUAAGUUGACCUCUGUCGGUGGUGCUCUCCAAAUCGGAGACAACGACCAAUUGAAGUCUUUCUCUGGUUUCCCUAAGUUGAAGACCAUCGGUGGUUCCGUUAACAUCUCCGGUUCUUUCGACAACGGUACCUUCCCAGCCUUGUCUUCUGUUGCUGGUGGUUUCACCUUGAGCUCCGAAGACGGUGAUUUGUCCUGUAAGGAAUUCGACAAGUUGAACUCCAGCGGUGACAUCAAGGGUGACAAGUACGCUUGUUCUGGUGCUGGUGGUUCUUCCUCCUCAUCUUCCUCCAAGAAGGGUAACUCCAACGGUUCUUCCUCCGACUCCUCCACUUCUUCUGGAUCUCGUUCUUCUGCUUCUUCUUCUUCCAGAUCCAACGAUGCUCCAUCUGUUCAAUCUUCUUUGUCUUCCAUCAUGGUUCUUUUCGCUUCCUUUGGUAUCGUCUUGUACUAA